UUGUUGAUUCUAUUUACCUGACUGAGUUCCGUGUUUUUACUUUGAGAGGAACAGGUUGCAGAGCUUUUGCUAUACCAUUUUGCUGGAAAUAUGUCAGGAGAGGAUGUUGCCGUUGCGGUUGCUGUUGCCGAGACUCCUGCUCCAGCACUUGGAGAGCCCAUGGACAUCAUGACAGCUUUGCAGCUGGUGUUGAGGAAGUCUAGAGCUCAUGGAGGCCUCUCUCGGGGACUACAUGAAGGUGCAAAGGUGAUUGAGAAGCAUGCUGCACAGCUUUGUGUGUUAACAGAGGACUGCGACCAGCCAGAUUAUGUCAAAUUGGUCAAAGCACUUUGUGCUGAUCACAAUGUCAUUUUGAUUACGGUCCCCAAUGCAAAAACUCUUGGCGAAUGGGCUGGUUUGUGUAAGAUCGAUUCUGAAGGGAAAGCAAGGAAGGUCGUCGGCUGUGCCUGUGUUGUUGUGAAGGAUUACGGGGAAGAGACUGAGGGUCUACAUAUUGUCCAGGAGUACGUGAAGUCCCAUUAAUUCAUGUGACAAUCUCUUGUUGGCAUCGAGCAAGGCCUAUGAAACCGUGUUCCCAUUUAAACUCAAACAUGAUAGGAGUAGUCAGCCAUCCCUUUGGCCUUAUGUGUACCUCCAGUUGAUUUUCAGUUUUUAAGACUAAGUGGAAAAUCUUCAGCAUAGUGUCCUUCCAGUUUUGUUUUCUCAUUUGAAAAGAAUAUUGAUUUACUUGUCGAAAAUCGGAAACUUUCUUCUGCCUUGUUCUUUUAGUUUGAUGGCUAAAGGAUAAAUUUAAAAUA